UGACGGGAAGUGGGUGGGACAGCCUGAAUCAGCCGCUGGCACGAACAUUACACACACCAGAAAGUGGACUCAAGCUCUCGGUGUUCACCUUAGCUGUUUGUCAUGAAGAAAAUGACAUUACCCUAGUGUACACAGGAGACGAACACGGUUAGGUGGGAGUCAAUAUGGUGUCGGCCAAAGUGCUACAGCUGGUUUUGCUAGCAUGUAUAGCAUCUGCUCUAGCCGCCCGAGCUGAAUAUGUGUCUUAUUUGAUGACGGCCCCACAUACUAAGCUGCUGCAGAUCGGAACUAACUUCACCGCGACAUGUGUGAUCCAGAACACAACUGAAGUGACAGUAGACGACCUGUACUGGAGUCUGGGUCUGACCCCUGUGCCUACAGAGCUGUACACCAGGAUCAACAGCACAGCUCUGAAUGUUACCAUCCCCAUCACCCGGGAAACCCCCGACUGGUUAUUUUGCUCCGUCAAGAAAUCCUCACCUGAUGUUAUACUGAACCGUAGCAAAUACAAGCACGGCAUCUUACUUCAAAAAGGCUAUUUGCCGGUGAAGCCUGUGAAUCUGUCGUGUAUGGCAGUCCAAAAGGGCGCCAUCAUCUCUCCAGUCAUGGUGUGUGAGUGGGAAUCCAAACAACCUCAGGGCGGUCAGUUCACUACAACUUACAACCUAGUCGUUCGAGUUGUCGGCUAUCGGGACUAUACUGGGACAGCCGGUCCUGGUAAAACUAGUGCUGAGGUGAAUCUGAGUACUUUCCCCCACUUCAUGCCGAUGGAGAUCUGGGUGGAGGCCACCAAUGAGCUGGGAACAGCAGAGUCGGAACAUCUGAAUAAAGAUGCCAACUCAUUCGUGAAAACCAACCCUCCUUCAAAUGUCCAAGUCAUUUCUGAAAAGACUUUCACCAAAUCCCUUCUUGUUAACUGGACUCAGCCUCUUGCUAAGGUCCACUUGGAGUUAACAUAUGAAAUCCGAUACUGCUCAGAUGGAUGUCACCAGUGGGACUAUGUACCGUCCACAGAGAUCGACAAAAACAUCCAUUCCUUCAGACUCCAGGACCUUACACCGUACACAGUUUAUAUCACACAGGUUCGCUGCAAAAAUGUCCAUCCAGGCUACGGAUACUGGAGCGAGUGGAGUAACAACGCUACGAAGAGGACGCCUGAAGACCGCCCAACGAGUAAACCGGAUCUAUGGCUAAGCAUUGAUGAAGAUGAGAGCAACAAUGAACGACAAGUGAAGCUGCUCGUUAAGGAACCUAAAUAUUCUAAUGGGAGGAUAAUACGAUACGACAUGAAGAUUCAAGACCUGAAGGAGAAAGACAAGAGUGGAGCAGAUCAGUGGGAGAAGAUCACUGUCAGUGAGCCAGAGGCAAACAGCAGCUCCGGGCACUUCACUUUACUCAAACAGAUUCAUGUGGCUGAUAACACACAUCUGCAAGUCAGAGUCAAAGCUGUCAAUUCUGUGGGCAAAUCUCCAGAGGCGACAUUAGUCAUCCCCAAAAAAUCACACGUGCUCCCCCCGGUGCGUGAUCUGAAGGUCUAUCCUGAUUGGGAUAAGCUGAUGGUGAUGUGGAACAGUACAGACCCUUUAGAAUAUGAAUAUGUGGUGGAGGUGUCCGAUGGUCAGCAGAUGGACUGGCAGAAGGAAGGACAGAGCGUCAGAAAAACCGCCGUCAGAGGAUACCUGGAGGAGUUUGUUCGCUACAACGUGUCUGUGUAUCCCAUUUACCGGCACGGAUGGAUUGGGAAACCAGCGCGUGUAGAAGCAUAUCUGAGGCAAGGAGUUCCUUUGGACGGUCCCUCCGUCACAUCCAGCAAACCAGGAUGUUUCAACGCCUAUCUGGAGUGGACGGACAUUCCUGAACACAGACGCCGAGGCUUCAUAACAUACUACACAAUCUUUUACUCUGAUGGAAAUGAAAGGCACUUUGUAAGAGUACCGGGUAACAUCACCUCAUACACUCUGAAGUCUUUGAGCCGCAACACCAGGUACGACGUUUGGAUCACCGCUUCGACCAUCAACGGUUCAGUUGAUGGUUUUAACCACUCCUUCCACACUCUGAAGUAUGCUCCAGGAGAAAUCGAGGGCAUCGUGGUCGGAGUGAGCCUGGGCUUCCUGUUCGUCGUCAUCCUGACCAUGCUGCUCUGCAUCUGCAAAAAAGACGUGAUUAAGGAGAACUUUUGGCCCCAGAUCCCAAACCCUGGAGAAAGCACCAUUGGCAACUGGUCUCCUGAUUAUCCUCUGAAAGCCGAGACGCCAAAUGAGAACUGUCUGUCUGGCAUCAGCGUUCUGGACGUGGACGUGUGUGAUGGAAAGUCAGUGUUUGAGGAGGAUAAGGCCAGUCUGCCUCUGAAAAAGGACAAGUAUCUAUCUGAGGAGCACAGCAGCGGCAUCGGAGGCUCCUCCUGCAUGUCUUCGCCUCGCCAGAGCGUGUCCGACAGUGACGAGGGCGGUGACGUGGCCGACACCACGGCCAGCACCGUCCAAUACUCGUCGGUGGUGGCUUCGAACGGAUACAAGGGUCAGACGCCUGGGUCCCAGUCCCAACAGGCCGUGUUUUCACGCUCCGAGUCCACGCAGCCGCUGCUGGAGUCGGAGGAGAACCCAGACACACUGGCGUCGGACGGGAGCAGACACUGCCAGCGUUUUCCCCGGCAGACCAACUUCACGGCGUCGGAGGGGAACGCCGACUUCAACCAGCUGGAAAUGGAGGAGCAGAACGGGCUGAGGUCCCUGGAGUUCUGCCCCCUGGUGGAGGACUCCGAGCACAUGAUGCCCGCAGACGGCCAGUCAGAGACCUGGGCCUCGGCGCCGGCCUCCAGUUACAUGCCUCAGCUGGGCGGAUACAGGCCGCAGUGACAGCUCUGAACUCCAACCGUAGUGAAGGAUUCUGUGCCUUUGUUAAUUCAUUUCAAGUCUCUGAAAGCGUAAGGAGACGUCACCAGUACCAGUAUCUGUUUUGCACGUAAACAAGUACAAACUGUCCACCAUGCUUUGGAAUGUAACUCUUCAAACAGUGCAAUGUGAUUUAAGGCUUGUAGCAGCAGCUAGCAUUACAGUCCAAGCUCCAGGUAACACAGCCAUAGCUCUGCAAGGCAAGAAAAGGCCCAAAAGAUGCAAAGCAGCAACCACCGUUUCAUUCUUAUUUUAGAUACAGUGAUGAAAGUGUUCCGGUUUUUGCCGGAAAUCUGUUUUUUUUUUUUUUUCCAAAAACUGAGCAUAUGUUCCGGUAAAUUAAACGUGUCUGGAUCAUUUCUGUCUGGUUUGGCAACAUUUCAGCCGGAAAUUUACGCAUAAAUCGCUCCGAAAAGUGUAAAUUCUGUUUAUUUGCGUCCGUCUCAUGGGUGUGGCCAUAUUGCUUUCUUCUCCAUUCGUCUCGACCAAUGAGAUGCUCGUUUACAACGUGGAACUUGUAUCGACGGCUCUGAUUGGUCCGUUGGUGACGCAUGGUCCAUUUCACGUCUCUGGAGACAAGAUGGUGGAUUCACUUUGAGUAUUUUACCGCCAGUGUAUUUGGUGUAAAUACUCUUUGAAAUCCUGUCAGAAUUCCUGGUCCUUCAGUGUGGGGACGAACUGAAGUGUGAGGCAGGAAUCCGAAAUAAGUUCAAGUGGUCCUGACUCCAGGAAACUGAGAGAAAUGGAGAUUUUCUGUCGCAGUACGUCUGGAAGACAAGCAAACCUGGUUUAUUACUCACUGAAGUCAUUCAGUAGACUGUAGUAUUUCACCACCUGGUGAAAUGCUCAGAAAGGUUCAGGGUUUUUUCUUUCCUCACUUUCAUCACUGUAACUCCUUUGGACUUCUUCCAUAGCAGUGAUAGAACCGGGCUUCCAUGUCGAAGUCUUUUUGCGUCUGCUGGAGUUCACCUGUGGAACUGUGACCAUGCAGCAGCUGUUGGACAACGCCGUCUGUGACAGUUCUUUUUAGCCCAGCCCUCCACUAUGAGCGCCUUACCUCCGUUGGAAUGUUACAGAUGACCGGAUCACCUGUCACUUCAUGGUCCGUGUACAUCGCAGCCAUUUCAUUUCCGUUUUGAUAUUAAUAAAUAAAAUUUUAAAAAUGGGAAACUGCUUUUUAUUUGACUUCAGGUGCUGUGAAAAAUGGAAUUGAGAAAAAUGUUUCUUUUUCAUUCUCAUUUUGCCGUAGGUAGGUUUUGUUUUUUUUUAUUGACCCAGAAAAUGUUGUUUUCCUGAAUUGUCCUGCAAGACCCACAAAACUAAAGACGUUUGUCGUUCAGAUUUGUUAGGUGCAAGAAGAUGUUUUUAGAUCAGUAUUCAGUUUUUAUUAAUCCUCUGGAGUCUGAGUGUGUUUUGGCCAUUUCUGAACACUUUCCAUCUCCCUACCUAUGUCUUUACUACCUACGGCAAAACAGGAAUGAAAAAGGAACAUUUUUCUCAAUUCCAUUUUCCACAGCAUCUGAAGCCAAAUUUGAUUUUAUGACAAACAGGAUACAAGUCUUGUUUCGUUUACUGAAAACAAAAAAUGAAAUGCGAGUCGUUUUCCUUUUUUUAUUUAUUAAUUAAAUAAUUAUCAAAACAAAUCAGAUGGCUGCGAUUUACACAGAUCCUUCAUGUAGAUAAAGUGUUUUUGGCUCCGAUGUAUACGCUGCACAUAGAUGUAAUCAAGUUACUUCACACUGACAUGUACAUACUGUUACUGCUAUGCUAUUGCAUGUUCAAUAAAAUGUUUAUUUUUACUGUC